CGAAGGAUCGCAUAUCUAGGUCAUCUUUUUUCGCUUCUCAUUGGAAACCUCCAAUUUCACUCUCAUUUCCUUUUUAUCCUCUUCUUUUUUAUCUCUCCAGUCGCAUAAUAGCCCAAAUGUCUGACAACAAACUGAAUAUCGAUCGCACGGCGCUCGACUCGCUGCUGCUCAAGCGCUUUUUCUACGCGCCCUCGUUCAGUAUUUACGGUGGCGUCGCCGGCCUGUACGACUUUGGACCGACCGGAACUGCGCUCCAGCAGAACCUGAUCAACAUGUGGCGGCAGCAUUUUAUUAUUGAGGAGGACAUGCUCGAGGUCGAUUGCAGCAUCAUGACCCCGGCUGAGGUGCUCAAGACCUCGGGCCACGUCGAGAAGUUCACUGACUGGAUGUGCAAGGACGUGAAGACCGGCGAUAUCUCGCGCGCCGACCAUUUGGUCGAGGCUGUGCUUGAGGCACGUCUCGAUGGCGACGCCCUUGCACGCAAGAUGGCUGGCCUACUGUCAGUGCUGACGCUGCUGCUGCUCCUGCCAAGGCGGCCAGCACCAAGAAGAACAAGAAGAAGGGCGGCCCCGUCCGUCAUCCAGCUUGAUGACGAGCUUGUCGCCGAGUACAAGAACGUUCUGGCGCAGAUCGACAACUACGACGGCGACGCCCUCGGCGAGCUGAUCACCCGCUUUGAGAUCCGCAACCCUGAUACCGGUAACGAGGUGACUAAACCCUUCCUGAACUUCUCGCGCCUGCUCGAGUUCAACAACCAGAAGAUGCCCUUUGCAUCCGCCAUGGUUGGCCGCUCCUUCCGCAAUGAGAUCUCGCCGCGUCAGGGUCUUCUGCGCGUUCGCGAGUUCACGAUGGCCGAGGUCGAGCACUAUGUCGACCCGCUGAACAAAGAUCACCCCCGCUUCGAUGAUGUUGCCGACGUCAAGCUACGCCUGUUGCCGAGCUCCACUGAGCCUAUCGAGAUGACCAUUGGUGAUGCCGUCACCGAGGGCGUGAUCGAUAACAAGACGCUGGGCUACUUCAUGGGCCGCAUCUACCUCUACUUGAUGUCGGUUGGCAUAAAGCGCGAUCUGCUGCGCUUCCGCCAGCACAUGGACAACGAGAUGGCCCAUUAUGCAUGCGACUGCUGGGAUGCUGAAAUCAAGAACUCGUUCGGCUGGAUCGAAUGCCGUACCAAUGAGAAGCUGUGCGUUCGCGAGAACCUGCCCGAGCCCCGCGUAUACGAGAAGCUCGUGUGCGAGCCCAACAGCAAGGUGUUCGGCCCCAAACUGAAGCGCGCUGCCAAGCCCGUGCAGGAGCACCUGGAGGCCCUCCCUGGCCAGCAACGCAAGACCACCGUCACACUGACUGGCACUGCCGCCGACGGCGAGCAUGAGAUCACCUCUGAGAUGAUCACCAUCGAGAACAAGACCUUCACCGAGUACAUCCGCGAAUAUACUCCCAAUGUCAUCGAGCCCUCGUUCGGCAUUGGCCGCAUCAUGUACUCGCUGAUUGAGCACUCGUACACCGUGCGCGCCGAUGACGAGCAGCGCGCUGUGCUCAGCUUCAACCCGGCUGUUGCACCCUUCAAGUGCCUGGUGCUCCCCCUGUCCAACCACGCCAGCUUUGAGAAGCCCCUUUUGGACGUCGCUCGCCGUCUGCGCACCAACGGUGUCCCCGCCCGCAUCGACGAUGCUGCUUCGGCAUCCAUUGGCCGCCGCUACGCGCGCAACGACGAGCUGGUCACCCUGCGCGAGCGCGACACGACCAAGCAGAUCCGCGCCUCCAUCGACGAGGUUGUCGACCUGGUGAAGAACCUCGUCCUGGGUAACACCACCUGGGACGAAGCACUGAGCAAGUACCCGUCUGUCAACGAUACUGCUGACGAGAGUAAAUGCGGGUGAUGUGGCUCGUUUUUUUACAUUAAUAUUAUUGAUUUUGAUAAUAUACAAUUUCAUAUUUUCAGG